ACAAUGUCGUCCGACAUCAGUUUGGAGCUGGUAAAUGUGUUGCCGUACACGCGUGAACAAAGCACCGCUGCAGUCGAGGGCACCGUCGACACGGAAGAGAAACGAGGCGUACUGGAACGGAAUAGUAUUGCCUGGUACGCCCGUGGAUCCGUGCUGGAAGUUUUCAACGUCAGCUCCAGCUUUAAGGUUAUUUCACACAAUUUUCAUCCAUGCACUAGCAAAUCCAACAAACCCUGCACGGUUGAAUGUGUCGAAGAGGUAGAAUCCGUGGGAUGUGUGCUUCUUGCCGUUGGGUUACGGCUAGGCACGGAACAGUCUCAGAUAGUGUUUCUGUCUCUGCGCGGUGGCCGGGAAGUGGGACGCAUCGAUGUACAGGAGGAUGUGAAGCUGCUGCGCUACAUCGAUCCCAGCUCCUGUUCUAUUGGGUUGCUGAGCAAGUACCAGGGCUGUCUUGCGGCCGGAACCGAAGAUGGGAAAGUGAUAUUGAUCGAUCUGUGCCUCAAGCAGUUAAGAAAUGGAUUUGGAAGGGAAGUUGCAAUGAAUGAUCCCGGCAAACGGCAGUGUCACAUUGAAUUUUCGCGCGGAAAUCUAAAGCAAUUGAUACAGAAUCACGCCAAGAUCCAGGAGCGUGAACUAUACUUCGGUUUGCAGUUAAGCCACAACGAGCAAGCCUCGGUAGAGUGCAUUCUGGACAUUGUCCCGCUGAAAGUGAUAUGUAUCGGAUUUGCGGACGGCACCGUACUGCUCUGGGAUCUGGUUGACCAUUCCAUCAUGCACCGAAUAGCGUCCCCGACCGGCGAUUGUGCUGCGGUGGCCUUAAACUACAUUGAGCCCAGUGACGAUCCAAAGGCGUGUCUGUAUCUUUGGAUCUUUUAUGCGCAUCCCGAGGGUGCGUUCGCUUUUCUGCACAUGAUCAUGUGUGAGGAAAAGUACAGCCAGGAAGGAAGGUUUGUGUACGAUCAGUUUCUUUCCUGCUCGUCGCGGCUCAAUCUUACUAGCUACGAUGCGGGAAGUGUUCCGCUGAAUGUGCAAACCGUCACGAAGAAAGUUCACCAGGAGGACGAACCCAUUACGCUGAGCGUGCUGAGCUGGUUGGGCUCGAACGGCAUGACGACGGUGCUGGUGUUUGAUUUGAACCAAUGGUACAAGGCGGAGAUGCCGUACGAAUGCGACUGGCAGCAGGAAUUGACCCACACGGUUGUUUUCCAUUUGAAGGAGGAAAGUUUUCACGCACGGCUCAACGAACGGUCGUUGGUGCUUUUCCGAUCGAUCCAGCGACCGGAGGAACAUUUUUAUCCGAGCUCGUUGGCAUUCGAUAUUAUGAAUUUCAACGGUAUCAACUGCAACACUUACCGCUGGAUCGGGUUGCAGAACAAAUUGCUUCAGUAUAUCGAACAGGACGGUGCCAAUAGCGUUAUUCAGCCAGCGGGACUGUACGGAAUGCUUUGUCGGGCUGCACUGUUGCCACAGUUUCACGAACCCAUAUCGCCCUCCGAUGGCAUUGCGAAGGAACAGCGAGAAUUUGUGCUUUCCCUAGCAUUAGAAUACAACUGUCACAUGUUUCUGCAGAGCUGCAUCGAUCUGUGGACUGACGGAAGUCACCUCGGUGCGGAACCCGAACAGGGUGUAUCACUUUCGACGAUAACGGACUGGAUUUGGAAUCGAUCGAAAGCGCUGAAAUCGGUGUGCAAUCGUAUGCUUGCCUCGCUUAUGACCGAUCAGGCCGGACGACGUGUUGAUGCCCGCACGCAGGAUGCACUUUCGCACUGUACGCGGCAAAUGAAACAGUUGGCAGAACUGUAUCGUACGAUCAUGACCGAUUGUUUGGAAUUUAUACCGGAAAAUGUUCAGGGACGCCUGGCGAAAGAAUCAGCCUCGAUUACUGCCGCUGCCGAGUAUCAGGAUGUUCUUCAGUGGCUGCUCCAUAUUGGUAUUUUGCCAGAGGCGACCAAUGAGGGUGAAGAGCCGGAAAAUGACAGCUUGCUGUUGGUACCCUAUCCCUACACACGGCUGUUGGAAUUUUAUCGCAAAAGACGUCACAUGUUGGACGAGCAGAAGAGCAAAGCUGUGCCAGAUUUAUCCGCUUCCGGCAAGCUGCUCUUUAUCGACAACUAUCUGGAGCGUGAAUUUGAUGUGGAGACGGUUUGGAAAGCGUGGCACGAAGACACUCCAGUUACGAACAGUCAGGCCCUGUAUCCGCCAAGUUCGUUGCAGAAAGCGUUGCGCAUUUUGCUCAUUCCUGAUGUACAGCUGGAACGAAAGCUUGUACUGCUGAUGUAUCUGUUUAUGGAUGUUCUAGCAGCCGUGGAGGACGAACGAUUUGUGAAUGUUGUGCGCCAGCUAGAGAAAUUUCCACGUGUGUUCAAUGUGAAGAUCGGUACGAUGGAACGUGUUCGCGCAUUCUGGCAUCUGGAUCAUGGAAAUGUAUCAGAAACGGUAAACGAAUUUCUUUCGCCACUAUCGACUACGAUCGAAUUUCCACAAUGGCAUCGUGAGCUAAUGGUGUCCGUUCUUCUACGCAUGGAAGCUCCAAACCUCGCGCUGAAAGUACUCCGUGCUCCCGGAUGUCCAGUUUCACCACAGCUGGAGCUUACAACCCUGGUUCAGAACAAUCUUAUCUCGGAAGCGUUUAGUCUGCAGCGCCGUACACCGCAACCAGACGGUCGUCAGUUGGUAUGGUUCAUUGAAGCUAUCCUAAUAGCUGGCACGCCAGAAACGUUGCUAGAAUUCGCUCUGAACGACGAGGAAAAACAUGUGCUCCGAAGCUAUCUUCGAGACUGCCCGAUGGAAACGAGCGACAGCUUAAUGUUGGGCCAUCUGUUACAAAACUUUGAAUUUGUCGAAGCGGUCCAGUUUGUUGAUCGCCUGGGACGGAAGCGCAAUGUGGAGGUGCAGAAGGAAAUUCUCGGCCUCUACCACAACGCACUCGAUCCCAUGAGUCAACAGCUGGCGUAUCUUACGUAUCAAAAUCCAGCCGAGCUAGAACCAAAAGCGACCAAUCCGACCAGUCCAAAUGCAUCGGCGGAUACGCUGGAAACGUUAAGCUCGCGCCUCAUUCGUCACCGAGCAGAUUUUCGUGUGCGAGUACUACACCAAUCCGUGGCGGCCAUUAAGGAAGCUGCCAUCAAGACGGGUCUACGUCACGAUCGCCCGUUUUUAAACAAACCAAGCCUGGGGGUGUUCCAGUGUCGUCCAACGGUACGCAGUUUCAACGUUUGCUAUCCGGUGCGACUGGAUCCUUCCAUGAAGAAGCGGCGUCAGCGUGAUUGGGACGUUUCGGAUGAGGAUAUCGCGGCAGGUCGUAAGCCACCCGCGCCGCUGCUGAUUGAAGAGGAUGGUUUUGGCAAUCCGCGCAAGAAACGGUACCUAGGGCCGGACCGUGACAUUAGCUUGCCGAUGGAAGGCACAGGACGUAGAAAGUUUACCAAUUUUGAAGUUCCCGUUCCAGUGAUUCCCGAGUUUCGCCCGAUGAAACCAAAGUUCAACUUUACUGCGGCUAACUCGACGAUAAUAUCCAGCAUGGGAAAGGUGUCCCAAUCGGAAAAAUCUACUAGCCACUCACCGAGCAUUUUCCUUACGACGCCACCAUUUGCAAAGAAACAACAGGUGCAGCGCGAUCCGCAGAAUCGUUCUGGUUCCGCCGAAUCCGAGGUAGCACACGAUGAUUCCUUUACUCCUCCGGGUAUUUUAAAAUCAACCCAAUCGCUUCAGGGUCGUAACAGUUCUCCAAUCGUACCGCACGACCGUAACGCAGCGGAUGGCGAGGAGAAGGUGCUACGUUUUGAUCUACCACCCGGAUCGAAUACACUAGAGGAUUCUUGCUUGAUAGAUGAGCCAAAACAGCUCCCAAAUGAGGAGAAAACAGUUACCGCUGCCGUCUCCAAUUUGGCUACACCGGUGAUCCGGCACGAUCUCGAUCUAUCGAGCAUAUCGAACGAUGAUUUCUACUCACCGGAAGUGACCAUGGAGCAGAACAGUUUGCAGCAAGUGCUUGCGUCGGGAGGACCGUUCGGACGUCGGCCAAUACACAAUUCUCGACCGGACACUCCGGUUACGGGUGCAGUUCCUGGGGAGGGUGGCAACAACAUUGCAAUCAUUAUCGAAGAUCACUACGAGGAGGAAUACGAGCAAGUGCAAAAGAAUGAGGUAGAGGAAGAGGAUAUGGGAAUGGAAGUGGACGAAGGAGAUGUACCACCCAAUGAGACUGUGUUUGUGAUCGAGGACAGUGAUGGAGAGCAGGUGAACAGCAGCAGCCAUCAGGAACAACCGGAGUUGGAUGACAAACCUGCCGAAAUCGUGAUCCUUGAUGAGGAAUCGUCUAAUCAACGUGAGCUUGCAGCUUCUGAAGAGUAAGUAUUCUUGGAAGUGGUGACUGAAAGGCAGCUAGACGACCCACAGGAACAAAUUAUGCAACAAGCGGAUGCUGUAAAUGUGGCAGAUUCGGUGAAUGAAGAAGAGGAAGAAGAGGAAGAGGACGAAGAGGAUGAAGUGGAUCACGAGGAGGAUGACGCAAUUGAUGAUGAGUAUGACGAAUCGGGUGAAGAAGAAGAAGAUGCUUAUGAAGAAUCGCUAGAGGAUGAGCAGGAUGAAGGACAUCAUGAAGACCAACAGGAUGAAGAUAGUGUGCUGGAAGUAAUCGAUCUUAGCGACGAGGAAGAGACGGUUCAAGAAAACCCGGAAAACAUCGAUGAUAAUCCGGAAGAAUAUGUGUUCAGCUCGUCACAAUCGUCUUCCUCGUCGUCCUCGGAUGGUAACGAUGGAGAUGGUAUGCAACCGCCAGCCACAGUAUCGCUGAACGCAGUGGCGGCCGAGAGUGCAACGGAUAAUGUAGCCAAUGCUGAAGGUGGUAGUCCAUGGCAUUACGAAGAGUCACAUCCUGACAUGAACGUAGACAAUCUUUAUGAUGACGUUAUUGAGCUUGAUCAGGUGGUCGAACAGCAGCAUCAAGAGGAACAAUCACUUGCAAGCACUGCUCCAGACGAUGCGAUGGGUUAUAUUCAGGUACCUACAACAUCUUCCUCAACCCAUCGCACCGAGGGGGAAGGAUUGGUCACGACCGACGGUGAUGGUGGAGAAGCAGAAACAUCCGAAGUGGAAGAUUUGUCUGUACCUCAGCAAGAAUCGGACGGAGUUGGUGAUGGAGUUGCUGCUCGUGAUCUAUCACUAGCGGCUGGUGAUCAUUGGCCGGAUAAUGUGGCAAGUUCUAGCUCGAGUGCAGCUGUUUCGACGUUGAAUGCAUCAGCACCGGUGGCAAGUACUGGAGCGAGUGCAACGAAUACUACUACAUCGUCUCCUCCGUCACAAACGACCCCAACUCAGGAGAAAGUGUUUGGCCAACCGAAGAACGCGCACGAGCUGGAAGUUCCAGCGAUGAAUCUAUCCGUUAAACCGGAUGAAGCACACGGCUCCAGUCGCAAGAACAGUAAGGGAGAAGAAAACGGCCUUACGGAAGAUGCCCGGGCUUUGAAUCUAUCUGCUGGACAGCAAGAACUGGCCGAACAGGGUAUAGUAGAUGCGGACGAUGGUAAUGUUAGUAGCAAUCAGGAGGAAGAUAAUGAAAACAAACACACUACGGACGAAGGAAAAAUGGCGGUACAGGAAGCGCAAUCAUCGGACGAGGCAAAGUGUGAGGAAGUAGGGGAUCCCGAAGAGAUGGAAGUUGAGCUGCGAGUAUCGGAAGAUGAGGCAACAAAUGACUACCCAGUCGAACAAGAAUUGCAAGAAACCAAAUCUGAAGAUCAAGAAGAUAAGCAAGAACUAGGCGAAGAGACCGCUCCGCAACAUGAUUCCCCGAAACAAGCAUCAAAAAGCGCUCAUCUGCGCCACGGUGACGCUGAGGCAUCAACCUCAACUCCACGCACAAACGUCAAAACACGUCUGAUGGCAGCGUUGGAAAAAUCGGCCACAACAACCGAACAAACCCAAACACCGACCAGACGGCGUGGGAUCCGUGCAUCGUCGGUUCUGGCGGAAACAACGACCGCUUCCCUCUCGCCUAUGCUUUCACGCAGUCGGCGCUUUACAUCGGCGGAUAAUUUAGCCGGCAGCACUCCGGAACAACCACUCACUCCGCGCCGUUCAACGCGUGGAGCUUCGUUGGUAAAGGAAUUGUUUUCCGGCAGUGGCGGUACACCCCAGAAACGAGCCCGCCGAACGUCACAUGCAUCCAAUGAACCGGAACUUCCGGAAUCCAUCACAAAUCGAUCCACCGAUUCCGUGGAAGAAGCACGGGAACCUUCGGAACGAUCGUUUGCCAGUUCGACCGCAAGCAGCACGCGGCGCAGUAUGCGUUUGAAAAAAUCCACUAACAUGGCCCAUCCAAAGGAACCGACUCCUAGUCCUUCGGAUGUACAAGCGUCAACGGGCCCAUUGCUCUCCGAAUACUCCACAAACCGUCGACUAACUCGGCACCAGCUAGCGGUGAUGGAAAAGAUCGGAUCAAGCAGCAGCAUCAGUGUACCACCACCGCGUCGGAUGUCGGCGGAUCGUCGUAGUCAUGAUUUUGUGACCGAAGAACCCGGUGACAGUGAGUCAGAAUCGAUCGUUUCGGACGUUAGCAAUCAGUCCUCGGUACGAACGACUCGAUCGCGUACUAGUCGUACCACAACCACACGCUCAAAACGUGGCAGCAGCCGGAAGCGAAAUGAACCGGACGACGAGCAACGGGGAGGCGAGUCCGAUUCCGAUCAAUCGCUAGUGUACGCGAGCAGUCAGCGUUCCGCGAUGGGGUUGGAACCGAUAGCAGAGGAAGGUGAAUCUAAUCCUGCUACUACACGGAAACGUCGGGGUCGGCCACCAACUAAAAACGCAAAAUAA